AUGUCCCAGCCAAGGCAAAGCCGGGCUCUUGUCAUCGUCAACACCGAUUUCUGCAGCAGCAAUGGUGAUGUGGUGUUUGGGACCCGGAGAGGAGCCAAGAGGGAAGCGGAAAAGCUUUCCAACGUACUCUCACGGCUCAACUACAAGGUGAAACUGAUGCAUAACAAGACAGCCAAGGAGAUAGAAGACCUUUACCAGCAAGAAUGCUGCUGCGAGCACGGGGAGUACUUUGUGAGUGUCAUCUCCAGCCAUGGAAAGGAAGGGUUCAUAUUUGGUUGCGACUCAGAGCCGGUUAAACUGACCCGGAUUUUCCAGAUUUUAUCCUCAGAGAAGCGCCUGGUGCUCAGCAAAAUACCCAAAAUCUUCUUUAUCCAGGCUUGCCGGGGGGCAGAAUUCGACCAGGGGGUGGUUGUGGAAUGUGACAGCGGAGAGCCCAAGCCAGACUGCGAGCCAGACUGCUUCUCAGACUACCUCUCCAUCCCUCCCCAAACUGUUGUGAUGUUCGCCUGCAGCCCAGGCUACGUGGCCUUCCUCAAUGUCUUUGGAUCCAUGUUCCUCCAGGCCCUGCUCAAAGUCCUGGAGGGAGAGGAACGUCACCUGGCCCUCAACCUCCUCAUGACCCGCAUUAACUGGGAGGUGGCCUUUUGCUGCCAGGCCAGGGGCACCUAUGAGGGAUGCAAGGAGAUGCCCUGCUUCGUCACCAACCUGCUGCAGGAGGUCUUCCCCUUCUCGGCACCCAUCGCAGAGGAGGCAGAUGGUGUUUGAGAGUU